UCAAUCAGUAGCACCUCUCACCCUAUCAAUCUGUCCUCCUUCCUCUCCCUGCCAUGGCUUCUUCUUCCAAACAACACCCUUCCACCAUCCCCUCCUCCUCCAAGCUCUCCAAGAAGCCCUUCCUCUCCCAACCCCAAGACCCUGGCAAAACCCCAAACCCAGACCCCAAAAACCCUAAACCUAAGACUGACCCCGACCCCUUCACCCCUUCUCCACAGAACCUCUUUCUUUCCAAAUCCUCAUGCCUCUCCCGCCAAGAUGUCCUCAGACGCCGUUCCCACCACAUGAAACAGCUCUGGAAAUGCUACCGCGAUUACUACUGGUCGAUAAUGGAGGAGGUCAAGAUCCAUCACAGAGAGUACUACUGGAAGUACGGUGUGAGUCCGAUCAUGGCGGACCAAUCGAGAGAGAGUGGUGUUGAGGCCAAUGGAGGGAGUAACGGGAAGAAUGAUGAAUUGGGGUUUGAUGGGGAUGGAGGGGGCAGUCAGCAGUGCGCGUCGGUUGGGUGUAAGACGAAAGCGAUGGCGCUGACGAGGUUCUGUUAUCUGCAUAUUCUGUGUGAUCCGAAGCAGCAGCUUUACAAGCCUUGCCAUUAUGUCAUCAAGAGAGCGCAGACAGGACCUAUAACCUGUGGGAAGCCAAUAUUGAAGGCUUCCGAUCCUGAUCUCUGUACCGUCCACUUACAAAAGGCUCAGAAACAUCUCCACCGAGCCUUGAAAAAGUCAGGUUUUAAUGGUGCCUCAUCAAGUAAGCCUGCUGCCAAGUUCCAUGUUAUAACGGCAGAAUAUGUGCGCCAAAUCCAAGAAAAAAGAAGAGCUGCACAAAGGGAAAAUAAGCAUGAAGUUGAGGAUCAGCCAGCAAUCAUUGAGAUUAAGACUGAAACAGCAGACUGAAUUCUGAAUUUAUCAUUACAGACAAGAUGUAUGGUGCAUGAAUGAGAAAAGAGUAAACAGUGGAAAAGCCAGAGGUGAGAUAGUUUCAUGAUCAAGUGAAGCCAAGAUGAAGCUAGGAAAGGGACAUAUGUCCUGGAAAUAAAAUUUACUGAAGAUGGUGCCAUGGUGGCAACAAAAUCCAAGGUAAAGCUGAGAUGUCCUCAAGGAGGCAUUGACAAGUUUGCACUAGUACCAGAGUUGUAAACAUCUUCAACUUCAUCAAAUACACCAGUUUGCAUUGCUGGUAAAUUCUGGAUAUUUUACCACACUUGGUAAGUAAGGAGAUGUUUCAAGCUUUUUUUACUUGCCCGCUUCCUCGUCCUUUGCAUGGUCCAAGAGUAGAUGAGAAUAAGGUAAUAGUUUGAACCCAAGGCUGGAUUUAAAGUAGUUGUAAGGAGACUUUGUGAAGUCUAUUGCAUUCUGUUCUUUUUAUCUAUUCAAUCGUGUGGGAGGUUGUACAUGGAAUUAUAUGUGUACAGAGAGAGGGAUCACUGAGCUGUGCUAACUACAUUGGAGAGGUUUUUCAGAAUCAAUGACCGCAUCAGGAAAGACAAUUCGAAGGGUUUUGUGUAUGAGUGUUUAGCUCCUUGCAGGCACCCUCCCCAGUUUGCCCAGUAGCCGGCGCAUGUCACCAGGGCGUUAAGGAUCCAAGAAUAAAGUGGUGCAACAAGUUCUUCUUUCUGCAGGAGAGGCACCAUUAGCCCACCCGGUUUAUUGCAAAGUCUCAUGCAAUUAAUGACUACAUCGUCUGGGGAAGAAGUGGAUUCUGUGUAACCAUUUUAAAUUGAUAACAUUCUGUGCUAGGAUCAAAUGUUUUCUAAUUCAAAUGUUGAUGGUGAUACUGUAAUUGAAUCAGACUUUGUCAAACUUUUGAGGCUAUCCUCAGGACGUA